GUAGAGAGAGAUGGCUAUCUGCAGUGGCUGAGCGCUAUGACUGCAAACACCAGCAGCUCCACCAGAUGACUCCAUCCAGACAUGCUGCAGCAGUGUGAUAUUUCCAACAAGCGAUACCGGGCACUCUGGUCAGUGGAUUUAAUCAAAAGUCACGAAGCUUUGUUAAACGCAGCCCGGAGAGAUGCUGUAAUCUUGCUCAAAUCAAUCGGAAAUGCAUCCAAACAGUGGAUCAGCAGACCUUCCAAUAUCCUGCUCCUGUACUACCGCUGGAAGUGGGCUGAUGCUCUUAAUGACAUUGUCAAUCUGUAUCGAAGAUGGAAUGGUACAGAGUCCACAGAAGCAACCAAUAGCAUCACCACUCUUCGCCGCAACUGGAGUGGAAAAGUAUAUGAGCUCCAUCGAAAAGGUGUUACUGAUAUAGAACUGAAUUCUAUUGAACAGCAACAUGUGAAAUUUAUCUCAGAAUUUAUAUAUUUACAGAAAAAAAAUUUACGCCAUGCAGCGGUGACCACUGAGGAGUUGAUACACAUGCAUAACAAAGAAAGCCGAACAGUUGGGAGCUGUAUUUCUGAGUCCAGUGCUGAGUCCUUAUUCUGCGUGUUUCCAGAAUCACUAGUCUGUUUGGAAAUGUUCUGCAAAGAUGUUUUGGAGCUCUCGGAGGAAUUAUACAAGAAUUCUGUCCAUGUCCUGGAAUCAAAUGGAACAGUUCUGCCUGAUCCUGACCAGGAAUGGUGGAAAAUAAAUCUUCCAGAUUGGAUGCAGUAUGUCAAUAGGGUUUUGCCUGCAUUAGAGGACACAAUUAUUAGUAUUCAGAAUAUAACACAUCAGUUUCUGGAAUAUUUUAAAACAACUUCUAUUGCUUGUAGCCUGAAAAGUCAUCCAGAUGUGGGGUACUACAUCAGUGACUAUGGUUUUAAAGAGGCAUAUAUGAAGAAAGUGUGGCACUUGUAAUGAAUGUAUGAAAAGUUGUAUAAAAUAAUGAGAUAUAUAUUCUGCGCAAGAUUGUGAGAAAAUAUUAAAUGUAAGUAAAAAUGAGGCAAAACAAAGUGAUCAGCUGUCAUUUUAUUCAUCCCAUCCCACAGAAGAUUGAAGGAAAAUGUUAAAGUGAAUCAAUAUUUUAUCACUUUGAAAAUUGAGCCAAUAUAAUUAGUGCAGCUGAAAUUUGCUUUUAAUAAAGUUUAAAAUAUUUGGAUACAUAUUUUCAAAUGAUCUAAUUUAUCAAAUUCAUUAUUGAAUCCAUCAACAUGAUUUCAGCACACAGGUUUUAAUGCAAUUGAAUAAUUUUACUCCAUAUUUGUAAAUGUCCCUCAGAACAUUACUCAAUAAUAGCCAUUCAGAUUUCCUUUAUUGAAAGGCUGUUUAGCACUUGGACCUGUAGUUGCCACUUCUGAUGGACAGUCUAAAAGAUAAUUCUGGUUAUCUGAUUAUAGAGUUAGAAAACAGAUCUUGUAUUAUGGUCAAUUCCCUGUUGAAAAUAUGUCAUCACUGUACUACCAAUGACUUAAUAAUAUCUAGCUUAAAGUUGUUCAAAAAGUGUGUCAGAGGAUACAUAAUUUGUACCAUUUUUGCUCACCAAAAACUAUGUAUGAAAGAUUGCGUCAUAAACUGGCAUAGUACUUAACUCAUCACUUUACAAAAAUGAAGAACGAUUUUCUUCCACUAUACUUGUACAAGGUACCUUACAGAAUAAUUGUACUGUGAAUCUUAAGUACAAAGAAAUUUGUCAAGUGGAGCUAUUGUCCAUAUUAUUGCCUUGAAAU